GAGCCCAGUUAACAGGGAACAAUUCGCAUGGUCUCUCAGUUUCUCCCGUCUGAAAAUCCAGUGUUGGUCCAAGAAGGGUCUGGUGUGUGCCAGGUACUCACUGAUCAUCUGGUCUUAGGGGGAUGCCUCUAAGCCAUUUGAUCCCGUUCCAGAACGAAAAAGGCAGCGGUGAUGGUCGCUCCUUUUAUGGUCUCCCUCCGGCUGUCCAGGACGGUCUCCUUUUUCCCUGUUCUCCCGAGCCCACCCUCUGUUAUAGGAAACUCCUGGUCCUCCAUUCCAAAAAACAGCACUCUAGGCUGCCUCAUAAAAAACCUGCAAACCUUAGGCCUCAGGCAAAAUAUCCACCCUAAGCACCUUGUCUUUUUUUGCAAUACAGCCUGGUAGCAGUACAAAUUAAAUAACAGGUCCAAGUGGCCCGCAAAUAGAACAUUCAACUUCACAAUUUUAACUCAUUUAAGCGAUGAUUGCCGACAACUGGAGAAAUGGGAGGAAAUUCCUUAUGUCCAGGCCUUUUGCACUCAGAUCACAACCCGACCUCCGCAGUUCUUGCUAACCUGUUCAAAUCCUCCUCCUUCAUUCCCAUCACCCAGAUCGCCUUUCUCCUCCCAACCGUACCUCUUUUUUCUGGUUUAAUCCAGCUGACUACUGUCCUCCCAGCCCCUACGGUUUCCUCUCAACUGUCUUCUUUAAUCCCCCAAGCCUCCUCAUUGUCUUAUCAGCCACCAUCUUCCCAGCCGCCAUCUUCCCAGUCAGCUGUAUCCACUUCUUUUCCUACACCAUCCCCCCUCAGGACAAUUCGAGUAUUGCUUGUACCCAUUCUCCUCCACAGCUGCCCUCUCCUGAGGCUUGUAAACCCAUCCUGCCACCUUACGCCCCUAUCUGUCCUCCACUCCAUGUUAAUGCAAUCCCCCUUCCCCCUUCAAACCCUCAGCAGGAACCACUAUCUUAAACCUUCCGUUCAUCUCCCAAUCUACCCCUGAUAUUCGGGGCAAGCUUCAGAAGCUUGAUGACGGCCCUCAAACCCCACAACGAGACCUUCUUAACUUAGCCAUCAAAGUCUUUAACAAUCGUGAUGAGAAAAGUAAAAGGUAAAAGCUGGCAGAGUUUCAAAUGCCUGCCUCCGCCAUCAGGGGCCCUGUAGGCCCAUGGGGCCACAGCUCCACAGGGAAGCCUCCUAACAAUCCACCUCCACUUGGUGCCUGUUUCAAGUGUGACAAUGAAGGCCACUGGUCCAGACAAUGCCCAAACCCAGGUAAGCCCACCAGGCCAUGCCCCCUCUGCGGAAGACCCCACUGGAAGUCGGACUGUGAGCGGCCCCCGAGGACUGCCCCCGUCCCUUUCUGAGCCGGCCUACUUGGAUCUCAUUGGCCUUGCUGCUGAAGACUGAUGGUGCCCUGGAACGGAUGUCCCAGCAACUACCAUCGCUUCAUCCAAGCCAAGGGUAACCCUGGUGGUGGCAGGCACAGAUGUGUUUAUCUGUCAAUCCGACCGUCACCAAAAGCUACAAUCGAAGAGGAGAUGCCCCUACCCUACACUGUGAUACUCAGCAUGCCAACUGCAGUGAGAGUCCAAGGACUGCCCCACUGGGUCCAUCGCACCAGGGUCAAGCUCACCCCCAAGGGUACUCCUUCCUCCAAAACAUUAACAGCGGGCAACACCCUCAGCGUCCUUGUAUAUAAUAACCUAAACAAAGAAAAACGAUCCUUAAAGGUAGGAGGAAGCCAAAGAUGGCAAGGGAACGAAUGGCCUCCGAAACAGAUCAUCGAAUAUUACGGUCCUGCCACUUGGGAUAAGAAUGGUUCAUGGGGUUACUGCACUCCUUUAUAUAUGCUAAAUAGAAUAAUUAGACUACAGGCUAUUCUAGAAAUACUAACCAAACCGCCUCAGCCCUGGAAAUGCUCGCGCAACAACAAAACCAAAUGCGCACGGCAAUUUAUCAAAACGGGCUAGCACUAAAUUACUUAUUAGGAGAAGAGAGUGGAGUCUGUGGUAAAUUUAAUGUAUCUAAUUGCUGUCUUAACAUAGAUGAUAACAGAAAAGUGGUUCUAGAAAUCGCUUCAAACAUCAGAAAAGUUGCCCGUGUACCAGUCCAAACCUGGAAGGGAUAGGACCCAGCAAACCUUCUAGGAGGGUGGUUCUCUAAUUUAGGAGGAUUUAAAACGCUGGUAGGGACAGUAAUCUUCAUCACUGGGCUCCUCCUGCUUCUCCCCUGUGUUAUCCCACUGAUAAUAAAAGCCAUUAAAACUCUUGUUGAAAUUACAGGUAACUGCCAGACUAUCCAGGUGACACUCCUGCUACAACGACAUGAUGGAUACAAUUCUCAAGAAUACCCCAAAAAUUAAGUUUUUCUUUUUCCAAGGUGCCCACUCCACCCCUAUGUCACGCCUGAAAUAGUUAUUGAGAAAGUUGUUCCUUUUCCCUUUUGUAUAACCAAACAGACAGGAAUAUAUAAGAUUCUCCCCGGGGCCUGAAAGCUUAAGGAGAUGGAUGACUCCUCCUUUCUCGGGCCCAGUCCACAAGGCUACUUGUGCCAGUAGCGUGUGCCAGCAAGAUAGCAGAAGCAGGAAGAAAGCCAGCGGGAAGACAUGUAACCCUGAAGAUCGAGAAAGAGGUCAUCUGUGUACAAUGUCAGACUAGGACACUUCCUGUUUACAGGAGACUAUAAAACCUUUGCCCCGUCCUCACCUCAGGCUGACGCCAUUUUAGGACUCAGCCUGCCUGCGCCCAGGCGCUCAUUAAAACAGCACGUUGCUCCACAC